GAAACUCAUGCUCUCCGCCUCAGACAUGCCCGUCCCAGAGCACUCGGACACCAGCUCCACAGUCCUGCUCCUGCCGUCCUGGCAGUUCAUCGACAACGUCACGCCCGCAAACACACCAGACCUCAUAACCCGCUUCGUCAGCGCCAGCCCGACAAACGCACAGCCACUGCACACCCCAGCUCCCCCACCGGAAGAGUCUUUACCCGCGCCGACCAUCCCCGCCACGCCCACGCCCCAACUGACCGCCCGCCCAUGUCCGCACAAGUACCUGAUCCUGAUGUGCAGCCAGAAGACGCGCGACGCGCGUUGCGGCCAGUCUGCGCCGCUCCUGCGCCGCGAGUUCGAGCGCCACCUGCGGCCGCUGGGCCUGUAUCGCGACCUGCACGACGAGCGGCCCGGCGGCGUGGGCAUCUACUUCAUCAGCCAUGUCGGGGGGCACAAGUUCUCUGCAAACGUCAUGAUCUACCGGCACUCGUCUGUCGUUGAGCAUCCCAAGGAGGCGAACGGGCAUGCAAACGGCGUGCAGGAGCUGCUGGAUGAGCUGAAGAUCGAGGACCACAAGGGCGGCGAGGUGGUGCUGGAUGUGGAUAAGGAGGAGGUGGAUAAGGAUGGUGAGGCGGCGCAGUGUAUAUGGCUUGCGCGCGUGCGGCCCGAGGACUGCGAGAAUAUCAUUCGAUACACCGUGUUGCAGGGUAAGGUGGUCAAGCCUGACAGGCAGCUACGCGGCGGAUUUGACAGGAGUAAGCAGAUAGCGAGCUGGUAGUACGUAUGUGCGUCGAUGUAAAUGAGUAUCUAGAGUCAAUUAAGCGACACCACCCACCUUGCAUCCAUCCCAGGUUGCUCCAUUUCCCCUGACCAGACCAAACUAAAUCAAAUCAAAUCCCCACCAGACCAACUCAACUUACACAACAACACUGCCCCCCUCGUGCUCCUUUCCACCCUUUCCACCACCCUCCUCGCUACUCCCCUCCCCCUCCCCC